AUGAAGCAUACAUUCCUUGCAACAUCAAGCGUAUUGGCUCUUAUAAUCGUCUUGGCGCUACAAAUAGUAAUCGUGACGGGCAAAAAUUCAGAACACUUUGCAGACACUACGGGUCAAGUAUUCGCGAUUGCAAAUUCCUGGGCAUCGCUUGAGCCACUCCUCAAUUGUCAACAGCUUGCCAUUAAGAUAAACAAUGGUCAUCUCAAAGUAUAUGGCCCAGCGAUAGAGGAAAACCUAAUAGAUCUAGCGAAUGCCGUGAGCGAUGGAGUAGUGUCUUUUCUAAUAAUGAAGGAUUCUGGAGAUGCUUUAUUUCGAAGGUUUAAAUGGCAGAUUCACGAAAUCGCCAAUAUUUUCGAUAAUCUCAAAGGCGAUCCAGACAAGGAAACCGUCGAAGAUAUUAAAAAUCGGCUGGAGAGCAUUUCAAUUUUAGCAAAAGACGUGGGAAUGCUUAUAAAGGAUGCUAGAAUACAAGUGAACCGAAUCACCCUUUUGAAAGAACGGACGCUAGCAUCUCUUCGCCAUGGUCAAAGUGAGGGUAGUGCUGUUCUUGCGCAUGAUCGCGCUCGCUUCGAUAACUGGCUUCUGUGGAUAAUUGACAUAUUAACUGGCAGAGCAGCAACACGCGAACUGAGGCAAGGUCAGGUAAAUGAGGCGCUCUUACAAAUCGGUAAUACAAUAAAGGCUAUAAACAAUAUGGAUAGCCAUGUUGCAAGACUUUCGGCAAACCUAAACAUAUUUGGACAUAAGAUAAACCUAUUGAUAGCCGAUCUAAAGGAAUCGACCAAACAGAACAAGCCCUCAAGGGCUAUGUUGGAGUUUUUGAUCGAUACUUUAAAUAGCGCUGAAAAACAAUCCGCGACAUCUGUUUAA